GUGAGUUAGCAGCGGCUCGGUCAGUUCGUCUGGUGAAGCGAUAUCCGGCGUGUGUUUGUCUGCUCUUCUCUCUCAGCUGAUCAACAGUUGCCGUUCCGCCCUCACUCCUACUCGAGGUCACCCUCGUCUUUACUUCAUUGGCGCUGAGGCGAGCUUACACGAUGAGUUCUCGAAGAAUGGCAACUAAGGGAAGGGAGUGCAUCAGCAUCCAUGUGGGACAGGCGGGAGUGCAGAUGGGUAACGCGUGCUGGGAGCUGUACUGCCUGGAGCACGGCAUCCAGCCCGACGGUAUGAUCCUGGACGAGGAGGACGACGGUGUCCUCAACGACGACUCAUUCAACACUUUCUUCAACGAGACCCAGGCUGGCAAACACGUCCCGCGUGCUAUAUUUGUCGACCUUGAGCCUACUGUUGUGGAUGAAGUACGCACGGGCACGUACCGUGAGCUGUUCAACCCGUCUGGACUGAUCACAGGCAAGGAGGACGCCGCUAACAACUACGCCAGGGGUCACUACACUGUUGGCAAAGAACAAAUAGAGACCGUGAUCGACGCCAUCCGCAAGCAGCAAGAGCUGUGCUCGGGACUGCAAGGCUACCUCAUCUUCCACUCGUUCGGGGGCGGCACUGGGUCAGGGUUCGCUUCACUCCUCAUGGACAGACUCGCUCUUGAGGGCAAGAAAAGCAAACUUUGCUUCUCUAUCUACCCCGCUCCUCAGGUUUCUACCGCGGUGGUUGAGCCCUACAACUCCGUGCUGUUCACCCAUACGACUCUGGAGCACGCUGAUGUCGCCUUCAUGGUGGACAAUGAAGCUAUCUACGACCUGUGUCGUAAAGAACUCAGUAUCACUCGGCCCACCUACACUAACCUAAACAGGAUCAUCGGUCAGGUCGUUUCUAGCAUCACCGCAUCUCUGCGUUUCGACGGCGCUCUGAACGUGGACCUGACGGAGUUCCAGACGAACCUCGUGCCGUACCCGCGCAUCCACUUCCCGCUGGCGACGUACGCGCCCAUCGUGGCUGCUGACCGCGCUAAGCACGACAAUAAUGACGUCAAGCAGAUCACCAAGAAGUGCUUCGAGCCGCAGCAUCAGAUGGUCAAGUGCGACCCCCAGACCGGGAAAUACAUGGCGUGUUGCCUCCUGUAUCGGGGUGACGUCAUCCCGAAAUAUGUUAAUGGCGCCAUCACUGAAAUUAAGGAAAGCAAGAAAGUCUCCUUCGUGGACUGGUGCCCAACUGGCUUCAAGGUAGGCAUCAACUACCAGCCUCCCACAGUUGUGCCUGGCGGUGACCUAGCGAAGGUAGAGCGCGCCGUGUGUUGUCUCUCCAACACGACCGCUAUACGCACGGCCUGGCAGCGACUCGAUCACAAGUUCGAUCUGAUGUACGCUAAACGCGCAUUCGUGCACUGGUUUGUCGGCGAAGGCAUGGAAGAAGGUGAGUUCGCUGAAGCUCGCGAGGACUUGGCUGCUCUCGAGAUGGACUACAACGAAGUGGAGGAGAGCGCCACCAUGCCAGAAGACGAUGAGGAUGAAGAUUACUAAAUUUAGCCAUUUACAUCAUAACUCGUUCUUUACAACAAUCAAUUAUAAAUAUGAUUUUCAAAUUAUCAUUUAUAGCAGCAGAGACUAUAUCAUUUUAUCGAUGUUGAUAAUGAAGAAGCACAUUUUUGACCGAAUUACAUAUCAAUUCUUUUCAAAAUUUGUCCCAUCGUUAAUCAGGACAACAAUCAAAUUAUAAUUAGAAUUAUCCAAUUAUCAUUUAUAGCAGCAGAGACUAUAUCAUUUUAUCGAUGUUGAUAAUGAAGAAGCACAUUUUUGACCGAAUUCCAUAUCAAUUAUUUUCAAAAUUUGUCCUUCGUUUAAUUGAAAAUAGAUACCUCCCUAAUUUAGGUGGUAUGAAAAGAGAUGCCACUUUAAUUCUGGUGGUACGAGAAAAGAUCCCUUCUUGAUUAAGUUGGUAUGAGAGUAGAUGCCUAAUUUAUUCAAAUUAUAAUCAGAAAAAGAAUGCAAACAUACUUGACAACGCAAUGGAAUAAGAUAUUUGACGACACAAAAUUCAACAAUGGAUAUAUGAAGAAUGAAAUUAAUUACAUGGCUCUGCUUUAUGGUGGAAGCGUUGCAAUUAUGAUGGAUGAAGUCAUAUCCAGGGACCAAUGUUGACUAAAGAUGCGUGGCGGAUUUUAUUGCCUUUAUAUUAUAAGUGAAAUUACAUCUGUUGCAUUCCGAGCUCAUAAGCUGAGCUAGUUUGUAGCUAAGAUAUUAUUGGCUAGACGGUAAUUUCGAUUCGUUAAUCUCGAGAUUUUAUCGUUAGCUAUAAUGUUUGAUGUUGAAUUUUUAGUUGAUAUAUAGUUGAAAUAUUAAAACUGGCGUAUCGAUAAAAUCGCCAUUGAUUACUGUGCAAAGCUUGCAAAAAAUUAGAGAUGUGGCAAAAAGCAACAAGUUUUGAAAUUUCAAUUGUAGUCGAACAAGACUUCAAAAACGAAGCUUCAUUUUAAAGUCUUAGACAUUAUUUCGCGUUGUGUAAAAUUUGGUUUAUUGAUGUAUUCCUUAGAAGUCCGUUUACUAAAUCCUUCUAGUCCAUGUCCGUCCAGUUCUACUCUAUAAUUCCGUCCUAUUAUUAACAUAGAAGAGUUUUCAUAGGCUAAGUAAAAAUAUAUAUUUGAUCGCGUUACACUCUACGCGAGGCCAGUCGCAUGCAGGAGUGAGGAUUUUUAAUUUAUUCUCGUUAAUUAUUUAUUUAUUAAUUAAUUUUAAUUUAAUCUCGUUAAUUAUUUAGUAAAUUAGUGUUUCUCGUGCUUACCUUACAUAAUGUCGAGUGGUUGAGCUCAAAAUUAGCAUAAAAAAUAAUAAAAAAUGAGUUGAGUUUUCUGCUCUUUGACUGUCUUACUUCAUGUGAAAAUUAGAUAAAUUAAAGAAAAAAAUAUGAGGAUAAGUAAUUAAUUAAUUACAGAGUUGAACAAUUUUUAAUGCUCUCUAUUGCAGCAAGAUUAGUCUGUUUGAAGAUAACAUCUCGUAGUCUAUUUAUUUUCAAUUGGAAAUAAUUCAAAUUUAAUAGUGUAAAGUUUCAUAUCCUAAUUAUUGAAAGCUGAAUGCUUAAUAUAGUUCUGAAGUAUAAUUAAA